GGGUUUAUAAUGGGAUCCCAAUGGAAGUGUUAAGAUCUGCUGCUGCUGCUGCUGCCGGUACAGGACGAGGAGGAGAAUAAAAGGAGACUCUGCGCUGAGUUCUGCACUCUCUGUCCCCACAUCUGAAUAUUCCUUUUAUUGCCUUUCUACAACUCCCUGGUUUUCUUUUGCUUUUUGCACCUGUAUAAGAAGAGGCAACAUGACCCCAAGAGGGAUUGUACUUUUUGUAACUUACCACUUUGUCCUUCUGCAUCUGCCUCAGUGUUUGAGCCAAAGAGCGACUGGCCCCAGGUUUUUAAUAGGUGACCGGGACAAAGAGCCUCAAUGUAAUCCCCACUGCACCAGACCACAGCAUAGACCGGUGUGUGCUUCCGAUGGUCGGACCUAUGAAUCUGUGUGCGAUUAUCAACGAGCCAAGUGCCAGGACUCUACGCUCAGUGUGACCCACCGUGGAAGGUGCAAAGAUGCCAGUCAGAGCAAGUGUCGUCUGGAAAGAACUCAAGCUCUUGAACAGGCAAAGAAGCCCCAGGAAGCUGUGUUUAUUCCUGAAUGCAAUGAAGAUGGAUCAUUUACACAAGUGCAAUGUCAUACGUUCACGGGAUACUGCUGGUGCGUCACCCCUGAUGGCAAACCUAUCAGCGGCUCUUCUGUACAGAACAAAACACCUGUAUGUUCAGGUUCUGUAACUGAGAAGCCCUCAAAUCAGGGCAAUUCCGGCAGGAGAGUUUCUUUUCGAUUCUUUCUUACCCUCAAUUCAGAUGAUGGAUCAAAGCUCACACCCACCAUGGAAAGUCGGCAUGUUUUCGAUGGGGAUGGGAGAAGAGGCCCUCACCCAAUACUUAGGGGUGAAAUUCAGAAUUCGGAUCUUCCAUCACAAAACGUAGGGGGUGGGCUCAUAGACAUCACGGCACCUACACUCUGGAUUAAGCACCUUGUCAUCAAAGACGCCAAGUUAAACAGCUCAAGCGUUAAACACCCAGAGAAAGCCAAUUCCUGUGACCAGGAGAGACAAAGUGCUCUGGAGGAAGCCAAACUGAACCCGAGAGAAGGAAUUGUGAUCCCGGAAUGUGCCCCAGGAGGACUUUACAAACCUGUGCAGUGCCACCAGUCCACUGGAUAUUGCUGGUGCGUUUUAGUAGACAACGGUCGUCCAUUACCUGGAACAUCUACACGCUAUGAAACUCCUGUGUGCGAAAGUGAUGCCAGAUGGAAAACUACGGACGCCGACGACCCAUUUAAAGACAAAGAAUUAGCAGGUUGCCCAGAAGCAAAGAAGUUGGAAUUCAUCACCAGUUUAUUGGAUGCUCUCACUACGGACAUGGUGCAGGCCAUCAACUCAGCAGCGCCUGCUACAGGCGGGAGAUUCUCAGAGCCAGAUCCCAAUCACACACUGGAGGAACGAGUGGUCCUUUGGUACUUUAGCCAGUUAGACAGCAAUGGCAGCGAAGACAUAAAUAAGAGGGAGAUGAAGCCCUUCAAAAGAUACGUCAAAAAGAAAGCCAAACCCAAGAAAUGUGGCCGGCGAUUCACUGACUACUGUGAUCUUAAUAAGGACAAAUCCAUUUCAUUUUCAGAGCUUAAAGGCUGUCUAGGAGUCCGCAAGGAACCAGGUACAAAUGCUGGAAAUUUCCCUCUUGGAAAGAGGCCCGGCUCUAACCCCUUCAGUCGCCUUAUGUAGGAGAGUCGGGGAGAAGCAGUCGCACACGAUACCAAGGAGACGAGAGAGAAGAGCGGAAUGAUCUGGGCGCAGUCGCGGAGCCACCGAUGGGUCGCACAAUGUUUGCACUUUUGAGUGAACUUUAUUCAUAAGGUUUUUUUUAUGUUCCAUUAUCUGAAUGGAAAUGAGAAGAAAAUGUUGCUUUUU